GUUGGCAUGGAGAACCUGUCACCUCAAGGACCACCUGGCCAUCCUCACCAGGUGGAGGCCUCUGCCUGCUGCUGGCUGACCGUGAGGGUCCUGGAGGCACGACGCCUGCCCCGGGCUGACCUGUUGAGCGAGGCAGACCCAUACGUGGUCCUGCAGCUGCCAACCGCACCUGGAAUGAAGUACAGGACCCAAACAGUCACUGACUCCAGUAACCCCGUGUGGAAUGAGACCUUCCGUUUCCUAAUCCAGAGUCAGGUCAAGAACAUUCUGGAGCUGAGCAUCUAUGAUGAGGACUCAGUCACAGAGGAUGACAUCUGCUUCAAGGUCCUCUAUGACGUCUCGGAAGUCCCUCCAGGCAAGCUGCUCCAGAAGACCUUCUCCCGGAGUCCCCAGGGAGAGGAGGAGCUGGACGUGGAGUUCCUGCUGGAAAAGACGUCAGAUCGUCCAGAAAGCCUCAUCACCAACAGUGUUCUCGUGGCCCGAGAGCUGUCAUGCCUGGACGUGCGUCUGGACAGCGCAAGGAGCUCUGCCGUGGUCUCAGAUCCACAUCAACUGGAGCUGGAGCUGGUACUCAAGGGGUCGUAUGAAGACACGCAGACGACUGCCCUGGGCCCAGCCUCUGCCUUCUGCUUCCACUACAUGGCGGCCCAAGAGACAGAGCUGAGUGGGCGCCUGAGGAGCUCCACGGGCAGCGUCUGGAAUUGGGACAACUCAGCUAGUCAACUCUCUGUGCCCCUGAAGCCCUUGGCCAUGAAGGAAGAGGUGACCAUCGAUGUUCCUGCUACAAAUUCCCCAGGAGUAAGGCUGCAGCUCAAGGCUGAGAACUGCCCCAAGGAGCUGGCCGUGCAUCUGGGCUUCGAACCCUGUGCCGAGGAGCAGAUCUUCCUGAGCAGGAGGAAGCAGGUUGUGGCCAAGGCCCUGAAGCGGGCCCUGCAGCUGGACAGAGACCUGCAGGAGCAUGAGGUCCCUGUCGUGGGCAUCAUGGCUACAGGAGGAGGCGCCCGGGCCAUGACCUCGCUCUAUGGCCACCUACUGGCCCUGCAGAAGCUGGGCCUCCUGGACUGUGUGACCUACUUCAGUGGCACCUCAGGCUCUACGUGGACUAUGGCCCACCUGUAUGGAGACCCUGAGUGGUCCCAGCGGGACCUUGAGGGACCCAUCACACACGCCCGGGAGCACCUGGCCAAGAGCAAGCUGGAGGCCUUCUCCCUGGAGCAGCUGGCAAGCUACCGACGAGAGUUGGAGCUGCGUUCCCAGCAGGGUCACCCCACGACCUUUGUGGACCUGUGGGCCCUGGUCCUGGAGUUUACACUGCACGGUCAGGUGGUGGAUCAGAAGCUGUCAGGACAGAGAGCCGCCCUGGAGCGUGGUCAGAACCCUCUGCCCCUCUACUUGAGCCUCAAUGUCAAAGAGAACAAUCUGGAGACCCUCGACUUCAAGGAGUGGGUGGAGUUCUCCCCCUAUGAGGUCGGCUUCCUCAAGUAUGGAGCCUUUGUUCCUCCUGAGCUCUUCGGCUCUGAGUUCUUCAUGGGGCGACUGAUGAAGAAGCUUCCUGAACCCCGGAUCUGCUUUCUGGAAGCUAUCUGGAGCAACAUUUUCUCCCUGAACUUGCUGGAUGCCUGGUAUGACAUCACCAGUUCUGGGGAGACCUGGAAACAGCAUAUCAAGGACAAGAUCAGGAACAUUGAGAAGAACCCUCCCGCUUCCUCGGGGGCCUCUUCAUGGCUGAAGAACUGGCUGCAGCCUGGCACAGCCCUGGCGCAGGCGUUCCAGGGCUUCCUGACGGGCAGGCCGCUGCACCACCGCAGUUCCAACUUCCUCCGGGGCCUCCAGCUGCACCAGGACUACUGCGGCCAGAAAGACUUCUCUACCUGGGCAGACAGCCAGCUAGACUCCACGCCAGGCCAGCUGACCCCCCAGGAGCCCCAGCUCUGCCUGGUGGACCCUGGCUACUUCAUCAACACCAGCUGUCCCUCCAUGUUCCGGCCAGGCCGCAAGCUGGACCUCAUCCUCUCCUUCGACUAUUCCCUCUCCGCACCCUUUGAGGCGCUGCAGCAGACUGAGCUGUACUGCCGGGCCCGGGGACUGCCCUUCCCCCGUGUGGAGCCCAGCCCAGAGGACCAAUGUCAACCCAAGGAGUGCCACCUCUUCUCGGACCCUGCCUGCCCUGAGGCCCCUGUCCUGCUGCACUUCCCGCUGGUCAACGCCUCCUUCAAGGACCACUCAGCCCCUGGUGUCCGACGCAGCCCUGAGGAGCUCCAGGCUGGCCAAGUGGAUCUCACCGGGACUACCUCCCCCUAUGCCCUAUUCAACAUGACCUACAAGGAGGAAGACUUUGACCGCCUGCUUCAGCUCAGUGACUACAACGUGCAGAACAGCCAGGAUGCCCUCCUGCAGGCCUUGAGGACUGCUCUGAAACACCGAGCCAUGGAUGCCAGGCCCGCAGGGGUGCAGACCUGAGAUUGCUCAGGGCCCCGGGACCUUGAAAGUCACACUCUGACCAUCCAGGAUUAGGGGUUUAACCAAAUCUGCAACUGGGCACAGC